CUGAAGGCAGCAGGAGCAGUUCAUGUGUAGGUCCACAGUAUGAUUCCGCUCCUGAUGUGAUCUACGGAGGCUCCAACAGGCGAUAAACAUGGAAACUCCUCUCAGGACAGACAGCGGCCAUAAGGAAAGUGAAAGCAGAGCCCGGAGAGGUGUGCUGACUGCUUGAGUGGCUGAUGGCAGAGCAACAGAGAUGGUUUGGCUGUCAUGACUGCUUUCAUUUGUCUGCUCACAUUGCUACCUCAGGUCCUGCCAGGUAUGAAUAAACUCCCCAAGCCUGUCAACGUGACACUGACCUCAGACCAUUUCAAUCAUACGUUGAAAUGGGAGCCUGGACCAGGGACCCCCACAGGAGUCUACUACACCGUCACCGUGACAGACAUCGCACAGGGACCCUGGAUGUCAGUGGCUGGCUGCGAGCGAGUCCAGCGCCCACUGAUUUGCAACCUGUCGCAGGCCUUCUCCGACACACAUCAGACCUACAUGACCCAGAUCACAGCACAGCUGGAUGCAAGGACCUCAGAAUCAGUCGUCUGCCCAGAAUUUGAGCCUAUCAAAGACACUCACCUGGAGCUGCCGCUGCUGACUGUGACGGCCUGUGGCAGAAACCUGUGUGUGGACCUUCAGCCUCCCAUGGAGCACCUGAGAGAGAUCUAUGAAUCUCUGCAAUACAAACUCAGGAUCCAGCACAGCGGUGCUGAAAGAAUCCAGGACACCAGUUCUCUGCAAAGAGAGAUUUUGAAGGAUCUGGGUCCUGGCAAACAGUACUGUGUCUCAGUCUGCUUCCUGGACAUUUUGAGGUACAGGAAGUGCAACUACAGCCAGCCUGUCUGUGCAUUCACCCCCAGCAGCCAUACCACAGACCCGGCGAUCGCAGCCGUGCUGUGUUUGUUGGUGAUGUUUGCUGUGGUCUUUGUGGUCCUGAUGGCCUCUGCCGGCUACAUCUGUUUGAGGAGGAAGCCGCUGCCACUGGUCCUGACAUCCAUCCGUCACCUAGAGGACGUUCUGGUCUUGGCACCCCACAACACGUCCCUGUUGUCCCUCCUCAAUCUCAAACCAAUAGCGCCCUCUUCAGGUGAAAAGUGGAGCAGCCAGACAUUACCGGACGAGAGCGAUGGGGAGAUGGAGACGGAGAACACCGGUGGGAGCGUUGGAGGAGCUUAUAAACUGCGGUUGGGCACUAACCUCCUCUCUUCCUCCUCCUCCUCUUCAUCAUCUUUGUCUGCUCCUUUAUCCCCUGAGCCCGAACCCAAGCCGAGCUCCACCUCGGUCCAGACCUCCGAGGUCUUCGAUCCUCCGCCUGUAGCCCCGAGCUCAGCAGAGACGCGUCGCCGUGCCGGACUGAACGACGAGCUGAGCACACACGUCGUCUCGCGCUCGCCGCCGGAAUCAGACCAGCGUGCUUCAGAUCCUCCUGCAGGCUCUGACUCUGUGACUGCACGAAGGAUCGAGCCAGAGAAAGAGGAGACGGAGGCGGUGGGAGAGGAGGGCAACCAGGAAGUUAACCUCCUCACAUUAACCUUCGGCAGGCAUGAGGAGGAGGAUGAGGAGGAAUCACAUGUUGACAUGGCAGAGAUGGAGCCAGAGUCUUCCUCUGCUUCAGAGAUGCACAACACCACUCCACUCCUGCCUGCUCAAACGUGGGACAGCCAGGACAUUGACAUAGAACCCAUUUCCUGCCCUGACAAUGAGGAGGAAGAAGAGGAUUCUGGGUAUAUUGAGCGUCCGUGUCUGCCCAUAACGGUCCAUGGAGGGAAGAUGGGGUCGUGGCUGCUGCUUCUGCUACAUUUACAUCUUGGUAAUGCUCCCUGGAUUGGAGCUGGGGAGGAAGCAGGAGGCUUAAAUGCGCCACGCGCCCCCCUCCCUGCACCCUCCAACGUCUCCAUCUCCUCCUUCAACAUGGAGCACACGCUCAGCUUCCUGCCCGGCCCCGAGACCCCCUCCAGCACCCGCUUCGCGGUCGAAAUCCUCCGCCUCAGGAAGAAGUCGUGGAGAGCGGUGGCCGACUGCUCGAAGCUGACGGCCGGACAGACGUGUAAUCUCACCCGAGCCUUCAAGGACCCGUUCGACCUCUACCACGCUCGGGUCCAGGCCUUCACGGCCCACCAGACGUCCAACUGGACCGUGUCUGGGGAGUUCCAGCCUCUGUCAGACACGGUGUUGGGACCUCCUGAAGUGUCCGUGUCGGGAUGUGGGAACUGUUUGCUCCUGCGGCUCAAUCUUCCAAUCAGGGGCGUCCAGCAGCUGCAGAACCUCCACAGAGAGUUCAUCGUCCACGUGCGAAGGACCAGGGACGGCGCUCAGUUCGGAUUGACUCUGGAUUACAAAGAGGAGAUCAUGAUCACCUACCUGGAGCCAGGUGUGGAGUACUGUGUGACCGUCGCUGUGAAAACACUCUUCAACUCCAACACUGUCACCAGUAAACCUCACUGCGCCUUCACCAGCCCUCCUCCACCCACAACCUCACUGUAUGUGGUCUACAGCCUGCUGGGUGCCUUCUGCUCGUUGGGCUUCCUCCUCCUCGGAUUGGUUGUCUACUGCAGUCAGCUGAGCGUCGAAUUACUAAGACCACGCCCGCCCAGAACCCUGUUAACAGAUCCAGCUGUGUGUGCUGGGACUUCAACGAUCAACUGAACAUUCCCACCUUAAAAUGUUGCGCUCAACCUGAUCUGUGGUCACGUGUCGCUGUCCAGCUGCUAAUCAAACUUAAUCAGUUUGUUUACUCUGUUGGUUUUCUGACAUAAUCAUCAACCUUUGAUUAUUAUAAGCCAGAUAAAGACUGAACUAUUGAUGGAGUGAUUAGUAGAUUAAUAAAUUAGUCAAUCUUCAGAAUAUUAAUAAGAAACAAUUCCAAUAAUCAAUAGUUUUACUCAUUGAUCAUGUAAUAAGAGUUUCCAGCCGUGCUCGUCGCCCUGUGGGACUCAUGGUGUUCUGAGCUCAAUGCUAACAUCAGCAUGCUAACAUGUGCACAAUGACAGUGCAAACAUACUGACGUUAGCAUGUUAGCAUUUGCAUAUUUGCACGAAACACAAAGUACACCUGGGCCCAUUAUCACACGCUUUGCAGGCAUUUGGUGAUAAACUGGAGGAAAUAUUGACCUGAUGGUGGCGCUAGAGCAUAUCUACAGUUAUUAGAAUUCAUCCCGAGGGGAGCAUGAAUGUGCGUAGCUAAUUUCAAUGGUAAUCCAUCCAACGGAGGCAAUUCACUGAAAACAUAAAUAUGAACCUGAUGGUGGCGCUGGAGACAAAGUCAGAGGGUUCAUCCUCUGAGAACCAUGAAUGUCUGUACAAGGCAAAGAGAUUACAGACCAGAUCAAAGUGGCAGAACAGUUUCAUUUUCUCCAGGGUGACGAUCUUCUGCUUUUUUUUCUGUUUGAUUUUUUUGUAAAUUCAACAUCUUCUUGUUUUGGACUGUUGGAUGAAUAAAAGAGAUGAUUUGAA